GUGAGGUUGAGCACUAGGAGGAGGAGUUUACGAAGGAUUCUCGAAGCUAGCUUAGGUACAGCACUGUUUUUCUUGAUUUGAAUAGUGAUGUUUUAAAAUAAGACAAUAUUUUAUAUUAUAAGCGUUUCCAAAUAGCCAUUCAAAAUGAAUAAUUCCAAAAGGAGCGAGAGCGAGUGGCAAGGGCUGGUCAACGAGUAUUUGGUGUGUAAAAGGAAGCUGGAGAGUAAGAAGGAAGCCCUGCUGAUCCUGUCCAAGGAGCUGGACAGCUGCCAGCAGGAACGAGACCAGUACAAACUGAUGGCCAACCAGCUGAGGGAACGGCAUCAAUCUGUGAAGAAGGAGUACAGAGAGCUCAUUGAUGGGGACCCUUCUUUACCACCUGAAAAACGAAAUCAGGUUAAUCUUGCCCAGCUGUUGAGAGACUCCCGUGAACGCAGUAAACAACUGGUAGAAGAAAUAAAGGAUUUGAAGCAGAGGUUGGGAGAAGCUUAUGGGGAUAACAAGCUCCUCAGAAUGACCAUUGCCAAACAAAGGCUGGGUGAUGAUGAGGUGGGAGCUCGUCACUUUCCUGCACAUGAGCGUGAAGACCUUGUGCAGCAGCUAGAGAAAUCACGGGAACAAAAUGAGCAAUUGGAGCAAGACCUCCAAGCGUCAGUGGAUGAACUACAGGAUGUGAAAGCCGAGCGCUCGUUUUACCAGGAAAAAGCCAACAGACUGAACCUAGAGCUCAAUCAAGUUCUCGGAGGGCAUGAGAACCGCAUUAUUGAUGUUGACGCUCUGUGCAUGGAGAACAGAUAUUUACAUGAAAGAUUAAAGCAAGUGCAGGAAGAGGUUAACUUGCUCAAAACGAAUGUUGUCAAGUACAAGAAUGCCCUUGAACGAAGAAAGAAUUCCAAAACAAGCAGCAGAUGUAGUAGCAGUGCCCUCACUGGGGUUCUGUCUGCCAAACAAGUUCAGGAAUUGUUAUCCAAAGACAGUGGUUGCAGUUUGCCCGCCACCCCUCAGUCCAUAUCAGACCUGAAGUCCCUGGCUACUGCUCUCCUCGAGACAAUUCAUGAGAAAAAUAUGGUUUUACAACACCAGCGUCAAACUAACAAGAUUUUGGGCAAUCGUGUUGCAGAACUUGAGAAGAAGCUGAAAACAUUGGAAGUGUCUGGUUUGUGGAGUCUCCCAGGCCUGACAUACAACGUGUCAUUGGGAUUAGGGAGAGGAAGGGAUACCAUAACAUUGACUGAGCCAGCUCUCAGUGUGAGUCAGAGGCCCAGGUCCCCUCUGCUUCAGUUAAUGGAGCCACAGCUGAAGGCAAAGCCUUCUGAAGGUGAUAGUAUCGAAAACAGUGAACCAUCUGCAAGAGAGCAGAGCACAGCUGAUGAAGACCACCCUAAGAACUCCCAGAGUUCACAAGCAGGUCCAGAUGGUGACAUGCCGGUUUGUUCAGACAGCCCGGAGCACAACACAAGCAAUGUUCCAUCUUUGCCCCACUCACCGCUGGUGGAGGAGAUAUACAGGCGUGGGACUGAGAUAGUGAAGAUGACAGAGGAACUGGCAGCUGCAGAGUUAGAGUACAGUGACACUGAGAGCCCUACAAUGGUGGAGUGUUCAGUGGCAGCUGGAGCACAACUGGAACUGAAGUCACUGGAGCCAGAGUUUCCUCUGGACAGUCCAGCUGACUUCUUAGGUUCUGAGGGUGACCAUGUCACUGCAGCUGAUCUAGUAGAAGACAAAGAUGCUGACACAGCGAACACUGUCUCCAGCAGUGAGGUAGCCAGUAAUACCACAACUGAAUUGAACUCCAAAAUAUGCAGCCCCUUGCCCUCAAAAGAACUGCUUCAAAAUGAAUUAAGGGAAACUAAUGAAAACUAUUUUGCAGAGAAUGUUGCAUAGAUUCUUUUCGUUUUUGUGAGCCUGGUGGCUGAUAGUGAAGAUAAAUAAGGUAUUCCAUAAAGAGUUGUUCUUAAGACUGGAACUUGGGUUGAUUUUUUUUAUGGUUUUAGAAUGAAGUUCUAAUGAGUUUUGGGAAGAAAAAAAAAACUGAAACAUACAGGUUUCCGAUUUUUGUUGACAUUUGUCUUAAAGGUAAACAUUACAUGAGAAACACGGAACACCAAGACUGUUGAUCGUUAAAUGGUUUUUGAAAUUUGUGCAUUUUUAACUGUAAUAUUAAUUAUGAAGCUGUUUACAUAAACCGACAUUCAGAAGAUUCUUGAGGGCUUUUAUUCAGAGAGUAUGUUCGUUAAUUAUUUUGAAUAUAUUACAUUUAAAAGCAUGUUGAGGGUAAACACAGCAUAUGGUUCCUGUUGAUCUGCAUAUACUGCAGCUGCUGGACUUACUUGAAAUCAUGUGAGGAAACUUUUCUGUUAAAUCGAGGUAAUGCGGAUUCCCACAUUUCCCCUCCUGUUCAAAGGAUAUAAUCCCAAACCAGUUACAGUAAUGUAGUAAUUCACAUAACCUUCAGUAGCAAAUAACACUGAGCGAAAUAAAUGCAAAUCUAAAAAUUGAUUUAAGAAACAAAAGGUUUUGUGGCAACUGCUGAUUUAACGGAAAACCUUUUCUGAAAGUUACCUUGCAUUUUCAUGGUCUUUAUGCAUUUACAGUAGCAGUAAUGCAAAAACUGUAGGCUACUAAGAUUGGCUUUUAUAUGAACAGCUUUGUAGACUUGCCUGGAUUAAUGGCAGGUUCAUUACAGGUUUUAUUGUACAAUCACCCUUUUUUCAGGGGGUAAAGUAUAGUUUUGCUGGAAAUAAUUAUGUGACAGUCUUAAUUAGGUAUUUAUUAAAAUUUCAGCUAGAGCAGCUAAAGAUUAUAGCAUCAUUUAAAUUACAUCAGUUUUUUCAUUAAAUUCUAGUGUUAUUAUUCUGUAGUUGCUAGGUUUUUGUAGAUGUUUCAUACCAUUGAAUGAAACUGACAAUUAGUCAGUCUGCAUUUGUACAACACAAUAAUUUUUCCUUGAUAUUUAUUAACAGGACAUAGUAAGAAUUAUAUUUGAACUGAAUAAUGCUUUAUUUUUGGAUGUUUAGCAUUUUGCAAAGCUGGUUCAGUUUUUGUUGUGCUGUUUAUAAUAUCUUAAACAGUAUUGGGUUUAUUAGCUACAGUUCUUGAAAAUGCUAUACCUAUUGGAAACCAUAAUUGCACAUGUAUAAAUGAAGGAGGUGUUUGAGGAAUUUUUAAUCCAUUUUCAUUUGGGCUUUUAUUUCACAUACAGUACAACAGAGUAAGGUACAGGAUUGAAGCAUGUGUUAGUGCUCCAUUGGUCCAUUACAAAAUAAAAAACUACAAUAUGUCUACAGUGUACUAACUCUGGAUUUCAACCAAUAUACGUGGUCUAGGUUUUGAAUUGGAAGAAGAUAUGGGAAAUAUUUUUAUUUUGAUCAUAUUUUAGGUUCUCAUCUGUUUAUCUGUCACACUUACAUGUACCUGGAGAGCCACUUAUUCAGUCAUCAUGAAACUGUGUUGACAUUAUUUGGCCUCAGUUAUUGAUAAUAUCUGAUUCUGGGGAAAUAGGGGAUGUCUGGCCCAUACAUCCAUAAAUCGUUGUCAUGCAUUGUCUGCAUAUAUCUGGAGCACUGUUUAUGCAAUUGCCAUGAAACCAUAUAUUAACCUUAUUUAUCUUAAGUAUAACCUGUUCCGCAGUACAAAGGGCCGCCUUAUAAAGGGGGACCACUGUAUAUGCACUAUCGGUUUAGCUGUAACUCGUAACUGAGGCACUGUACCAGUUACUAACUUCUGUCUUUUGUCCAUUCAGCUUCAGAACAUCAUUGCUGUAUUUCUGCAUAACGUUAAAAUCUUGUUAUGAUUACUUGCAACUCUUAAAUACACUUCCUAACCAAACGUACGGAAGAAGUUAAAAAUAAAAAAUCAAAUCAAAGAUUGGACUUUGCCAUCUCAGGUAAUAAUUAUAUUGUUUUAAUGUCUUGAAAACUGGUUACUGCACAGUGAUGUUGUUGUUCAAAGUGUUUUAAUAUUUUUUCCACAAAUUGUAUUUUGCAUAGGUUGCAUUCUGUGUUAUGUAAUUGAGGCCUAGUUGUCUCUUUGUUACAUGAAAUAAAGGUCAUCAAUCAGG